AUGAAGUUCUUCUCGACGCUCGCGCUCCUCGCCGCCCUCGCCCAGUGCACUGAAGGCCACCAAAUGCUGCGAGCUGGUGCCACCAAGUCGGUCGACUUCUCGACGCUGAGUGGAUCCGGCUCCGACGUCGGCUCCAUGAAGCACAAGCCUCGCGACGGAUCGUGGGACGGCAAGAAGCCCCCGCGCCACCCCAAGGGCUCGUUCGACGGCAAGAUGCCCGACGGAAGCUGGGGCGGCCACGUCGGCGGGCGCCACGGACCCCCUCACCACCCGAAGGGCUCGUUCGACGGUAGCUUUGCCGGCCACCCCCCUAAGUGGGCGGGCUCGUUCGACGGCAGCUUCCCUGGACACGGCAAGCACGUGCCGUUCCCCCACAAGGGCGGCAAGGCAAGGGAAAGAAGACGGACGGCUCGGAUGACUCGACCGAGCAGCAAACGACGCAGCAGCAGACCACCUCGGGAUCGGACUAAGCGCCCCAUGUCGUUCCGAGACCUUCGUCCCCAGUAG